AUGACACAAACGAAAAAUCACGGACCUUUAGAUUUGGAAAAUGUAUCAUCACAUAUUGUAAAAAAAUCCGAGAUACCAAAAAAGAAAUCAAAGUAUUCGAUUUAUUAUAUCGUAAACAUCAAGAUUUUUUUUAAAAAUAAAAUCAUCAAAUCAAAGAAGAAAGAGACCAAAUCAACCACCAAGUCUUCGUCUUCGAAGAAAAGAUCAUCUGUGGAAUUCGUAUUUACUGUCACAGAUUUCGACAAAGAACAAUUGGCCAAAGCUAUAUCACUUGUAAAAUCAUCAAAUUAUUCGAUGGCUUUAUCAAUCUUGGAACCAAUGUCGAAGCAAUCAUCACCUGAUCAUGAGAUAGCGUAUUGGACCGGUUAUUGUUACGAAUAUUUACAAAAUUAUGAAUUGGCAGAAAAGUUCUACAAGAUUAGUGCCGAUUAUUUGUUGGAUGAUGGUCAUUGGGAAGCGACUUAUGGUAAAUUUCUACUUGAACAUUCAAACCUAAAUAAUCCCAAUAAUAAAAGUGCCGAGGAGAGAAUUCAGGAAGGAAUAAUACGAUUAAAGUCCUCAGCUGAUCAUAAGAGAUAUCUUGACGCAAUGUACAUUUUAGGAAAAGUUUAUAUCAAUGGACUUUUUGGUAUACAAGAAGAUUAUGAUAAGGGGGUAUUUUACUUGAAAAAGGCUUAUAAUGGUGGGAGAAAAGAUAAGUCUUGGGAUGUUUAUGAGAAGAAGGCCAAUGAAUUGGUUGCCGGCGGCCAUUUAAAAGAAGUUCCUCUCAAACACAUUUGGGCUAAAAACUAA